AUGGCGGACGACAUGGCCAGUCAUUAUCAGAUGAUGGAGGAGCUGGGGAGUAAGUCUUGCGCCAAUUGCAACGCAAUUCACGUCAAUGUUAUUAACCAGACUCUCUUUGUUCUCCGCAGGCGGCAGUUUCGGAACGGUAUCGACCUCGAAUCGAGCGAAGAUGACAUCCAGGAAAUCCAGCAGGAGAUCUCGGUGUUGGCUACCUGCGCCAGCCAAUACGUGACGCAGUACAAGGCCAGCUUUCUGCGGGGACAUAAGCUAUGGAUUGUGAUGGAAUAUCUCGGUGGUGGCUCUUGUCUCGAUCUGCUGAAACCCGGUGUUUUCAACGAAGCCCACGUCGCCAUCAUCUGCCACCAACUCCUCCAGGGAUUGGAUUACCUGCACUGCGAAGGGAAAAUCCACCGCGACAUCAAAGCCGCCAACGUACUCCUGUCGCAUACGGGGAAGGUCAAGCUGGCGGAUUUUGGGGUUGCGGCCCAACUGACCAACAUCAAAUCCCAACGCAACACUUUCGUCGGCACGCCGUUCUGGAUGGCCCCUGAGGUCAUCCAGCAGGCCGGGUACGAUUAUAAGGCCGACAUUUGGUCGUUGGGCAUUACUGCCAUUGAAAUGAUCAACGGCGAGCCGCCCCAUGCCAGUACCCACCCGAUGAAGGUGCUCUUCCUGAUCCCGAAGGAACCGGCGCCGCGACUCGAAGGCGACCAAUACAGCAACACGUUCAAAGAUUUCAUCGCCCAAUGCUUGACGAAGGAUCCCGAUCGUCGUCCGAGCGCGAAGGAGCUGCUGCGACACAAAUUCAUCCGUAAUGCGGGCAGGACGGAGGCUUUGCAGGAGCUCAUCCAUCGAAAGCAAGACUGGGAUGCUGGUCGGGGGGUGACCAACAAUAUUAAGUACUAUGCGGAGUCGCUCAAUACUAUCACGCACCUCGACAAGGAUGACGACGGAUGGGUGUUCGACACCGUUAAAGCGCCCACAAUGAAGAUCCCCAAGGACCCGUACGAUGCGGAGAACGAUCCCGAGAACCAGGACUUCCUGUACGACGAGACCUCGGAGAUGAUGGACGACUUGCACAUCUCGAACCCCCCUCCUCCCCCCAAGCACGCCACGAGCUUCACCAACACCGCCGUGCGACGAACCCCGGCACCAGAUCGCAGCCCGUCGGUCCGGCGGACCCAGCGAAAGAGACGGUCCAGCGGGGUGAAACAGCCUCUUGGCGUGGACUUGACCUUUGGCAACAGCCCGUCGACGGUGCGUCAGUUCCGUCGCGUGUCUGAUAAGAUUGUUCCCGACCCUGCGUAUGUAUCACAACACCCGGUCGGAGUUGAUGAGAACGCCAGUCCCAAGACAUUGUUCUCGGAAACCAACAGUAAAGAGGCGCAGCUGGGCCGCCGAGCGUAUAGCCGGGCGGUUGGCCUCGCCUGUCAGGAGGUUCUCGGCACGACAGGGGACCAGGAGAAGCGUGAGGCGAUCAGUCGCCUGGCGGAGGCCUGGAGCGAUCUGGAAAUGGUGGAUCCCGAAGGUCUUUACCAUAUUCUCCGAGCGACCAACGAAAAGCUGCAAGCUGACUCCAAGCUGUCGAGUCUCGUCCCGCAAGCUCCACCACCGGAUUCUCCACAACGACCUCGACUCGUGUUGGCGCAAAACAACCCCCAUCUGAAGAGCCACCGACGGCGACAAUCCGCCGUGGCGCCCGAGGCGAAUGCGCUGGCGCCCGCGCAGUUGGCUAAUCUCCCGGGGCAGCAGGUACCCGGGAUGGAGCAUACCAAGCAACUCUCCGAAGUGCUUUACCAGCGAUGGUCCGAGGGACUUCGCAAUCGAUGGCCGGGGCUUUAG